AUGAGAGGAGUCUGGCUAUUUUUAAACCACAACGAUAGCCGAGCAGCCUCAGCAACUGGGCAGCAUGGAAGGAUAACGAAUGCUGGCUUCACAGUUUCACUUUGGCCGCUGACUAUGGAGGCCGCUUGGUUAUUAGCUCUGGGAUUAGCUCUGGCUCUGACUCUGACUGUGAUUCGGAGCAGCAAUGGCCAGCAGCAAGUGGCUGGCAAACAGUCGCAACUGUGGCUGGACUGCUCCUGCCUGCAUGCCAAUGAGCGGAACGCCAGCCAGUGGGGCAGGCUGAGCAUCAACGCAAGCCAGGCGCUCGGCGCCAAGAACAACUGCCUGAUGGUAUUUAUUGGCGGCAUGGAUGAUGAGCUGGUUGCCUUUCAGCUUGAGCAGUUGCAGCUGCGCGUCGGGUGCUUGGACAGCGUUGAGGUCUUUCCGUAUCUGCGCGAACCCGUCAUCGAGAACUCAACUCUGGCGGCGGACACUUUCUGCCAGCACAGCAAGAAUCGCACUGGCACGCCUAUUUAUAGCUCGGGCCGACUGCUGGGACUGCGUCUGCGUUUCCAGCAUCCACCGACAAAGUUGGACAGCUGGAACUUGAACCUAACGGCCAGUUAUCGGUUCCUGAAACGAGAGAACUUCAAGACCGAGGGCCGCCUGGUGCCGCACAGCUACUGUGACUUUUACUUCUUCGCCAGCCUGGCGGGCAGCUUGGGCCAGGGCUACUUUCACUCGCCCCGCUUUCCGGCCCACUAUCCGGCACACAUCAAGUGCGCCUACAAGUUCAUCGGACGGCCGGAUACCCGGGUGGAAAUCCUGUUCGAGGAGCUGCAACUGCCGCCGGUGCUCAGCGGCGGCUGUCAACUGGACGCCCUGACCAUCUUCGAUGCCGAGUCCGCCCACAUGAACGCAGUGCUGGAUGUCCUGUGCACGCCCUGUCCCACGCGUCGACUCGUGAGCAGCGGCCCCGAUAUGCUGCUCGAGUUUAAUGCCAGCUCGAACCGCACGGCCAAAGGAUUUCGCGGCAAGUACAAGUUUGUGUCGAGUGGACAGGGCUCGUUGCCGUUGGCCCAGCCACCACCCACUCUGACGGACGCAGCAUCGGCACCCAUUCUGGAGGCAGCCAAGCAGGAGAAGCUGCAGCAUCAGCAAUCGUCGCCGGCCAGGGUGAACAGUCUUCAGACGGAUGCGGAGCUCUCGAAGCCCGGACGUUCAUUUGAAAAAUGCCAGCACACGUACGAUUCGCGUGUAAACAAAUCGGGAACGUUUGAGUCGAAUCAGCUGUUCUUCAGCAAGAACUCGGGAGUUGCCAGCACUGGCGCGAGAAGCAUUCUCUGCCGCUACGAUUUUGAAGCGCAACCGUCGGAACGCAUUCAAAUUAAAUUUCACGACUUUAACAUACCAACUAUACACGAAAACUCGACUGAAUGCCAGGCAAAUGAUGCUCUCCACGUGAUGAUUGAAGUUGGCGGCAGAUACGAGACACAGGAGCUUGUCUGUGGCCCGUAUCUGCCCAAACCUCUGAUGUCGAAUGGCCCGCAAAUCCAUAUGCAGUACUACGGGAAGUACCCACCUCAACUGACCAACAAGGUGCAAUAUUACGGGUUUAGAGCGGAAUACAGAUUCCUGACAAAUUUUGGCAUCAUGUCGGGCGUCCAACAGGGCGAGGAAUGCACUUUUGUGUAUAACAGCAGCGAACGCAUCAGCGGCCUCUUCCAUUCGCCCAAUUUUCCUGGAUACUAUCUGGAGAACGUUGUUUGCAACUAUUAUUUUUAUGCCGGCAGAGACGAAAGAGUUGUCGUACAUUUUACAUACUUUGAUGUGGAGGGCAUCGGCGCGUGUGAUCAUCAGACCGCAAGCGACUAUGUGGAGUUCUCGAAUUUUAUGAGCACAGAUCGAAAGUACAGUAAAUACUGUGGCAAGCUGCAGGACUUUGAAAUGCGCUCGGAUGGUCGAUUCUUUCGAGUCACACUACACUCGAACGAUCGGUUUGUGGCCAUUGGGUUUCGCGCUCUAUACACAUUUGAGCCCAUUCCUACGAAUAAAUCCAGCGCCGAUCUGCGAGGCAACGCCUCAAUGCAGAGCUAUGUGUCUCAUGCACCCUCACAACAGGAUUUCUACAACAUUAUUGCACUUAUUUUGGGCGCAAUUUCAUUUAUAAAAUAUAAUAUAUAA